AUUAUAAAGUUUUCUAAGAACAUUCUGGAAAUAUUAUACACGCGGUACAAGUUUGGGGUAAUGUAUUACCCCAGUGAGUCAUUCACGUAUGAGAAAAAUAAGUGAGUCUGUCUAGGGUUAACUAUGGCAUAGCGCAUCAAGUUUCAUAUAUUUCUUAUGCCUAAUAGAGAGCGACUUGGGGUGUAUUCCGUUUAGCGCAUGAUGCAUAUAUAAUGCAUCAUUUAUCCUUUUUGUUCACUAAAUGUUAAACAAGGAUAAAUGAUGCAUAAUGGGCAUUAUGCAUGAAACCACGGUCUUCAGUUUCAUUGAUAGCUGUUGUUCGUGAUCAUGCAUUGAUACCUUUGUCUCUCAAUGGUGGAUGGUGGUCCGUGUCAUUCUUGUAACCUACGAGUUGUCAGUUUGUAAUACCAUGUCGAAAGUAAAAGAACGCGACGAGCAAGAAGCUUUAAAAUUGGAUGAACAUUUUAAGCGAACUUUGACACACGUCAGAACGUACAUACUGAAUCUGAGAUCUGUGGAAGAGGUGCAUUUAUGCAGGAUCUGGCUCGAUAAAUUAAACUCGACUGUCUCGCAACGUAACUUGAGGAACGAAUAUUUGUUGGAACUCUCUCGACAGCUAAGAGCAGGCACGCUCGAAAAAAUAUUCAGAACUGAACCUUCUAGUAGCCUAUUAACGCCGUUGCCAUCAUCUUGUCAUGCGAUUUGCACUAGCUCAUCUUUGAGCAAACUGUCUGAUUGGGACAGAAACCAUCAAAAUUGUUCAAGUCGAACGUCAGACCAAAGAAAUCACCUGCGAAAUAAAUCAAAGCUUCGUGAUUCUAACUCGAGUUUGAGCGUGUACGCUGCGUGUCGUCAUAAUGACAAUAUGGUAGAGGGAAAUCAUCUGGAGCUUUGCAAACAUCGCAUUGAUAUGUUGACUGCUACGCUCGAAAGUUUUCGAAUUAAAAACGAACAAUUGCGACAAGAGCUAACGACGAAAUGUCAAGGGAACAGCGAGGUGGACAAUGAAGCAUUUCGAUUACGAAGUCGCGUUAAACAGUUGACAGCUCGAGCCCAGAUUCAAAGCCUUGUGUUAAAAGUUCGAAUGUUCAAGAAAACCAUCGCAAAGCUGAGGAAGUUGAAUGACAUCAUAAAGCACGUUUACGAAAAGAAGUUGCAACACAUUAUCAGAGUACUAAAAAUAUAUGAAGAAACUUCUUCUCUCUUUCUAAGAAACUUUUAUCGGAAAUAAUCUCUUCAACUCGAGUAUCUCGUUUUACUCCUAAUUUUUUCUUAAAAUAUUUAUUAUUAUUACUUUUUAUUAUCAUUAUUAUUAUCGAUAUUUUUUCAAGUUUGAGUUAUAUGAGACGGAACUUUUAAACUGUACGGUAUUGCAGAAUAAAAAUCUCGAGAUCAAGAUUUUGCAAUUGCAAUUCCAAGAACAGAAGAGCAAGUUAUGUUUGCUUUUAUGUUCGGAGAAGCAGAACGAACUGUACAACUUGAUGGGGUCUUUAGAAAAGAAGUACAAGGCGCUCCUAGCAGCCGCUCUUGAAAGUCAUCGACAAGAGUAUUUCAUAUGAUAUUUUCAUUUGUAGUGUCCGCGCGAAUUUCAUUUAUUUCUUGUUGUUCCCAACUUUUAAUAUCAUAAUUAUAAGUCAAUAAGAAUUGUAAAACAAGAUAUUAGGAGUAUUUUCAUCAUUUUUUGUUAUCAGUGCGAUAUUUACAUAGGAAGAAUAUCUUUUCCUCAUACACAUAUGUAUAUAACAGUAGUAAUAGUAAUUUUAUUAGUAUUAGUAUAGUUAAUUAGUAGUCA